UGGGCCUAAGGGGUGGCCGGCCGGCAGGGGGCGGAGUCAGCGCGGUAGGGAAGCGGUCGUGGGCGGGGGCUAGGAGGCCAGGGCUCCAGUCGGUCGGCUCCGGGCUCCUGGCCCCUCUCUUGCUCAGCUCCGGCUCCCCGGCCGCCCCGAGGCCUGUGGACGAGGGACUGCACCAUCCUCCUCUCCCAGCAAGGGGGCUCCAGAGACUGCCCCAGCCAGGAAGUCUGGCGGCCUGGGCACUCGCCCCUUGGUAAUGUCCAGGGCUCCAGGAGGAGAUGUCCUUGUGGCUGGAGGCCCCUGUGCCUGAUGUAACUCCUGAUUCUGCAGCAGAGCUGUGGGAGCCAGGUGCACAAGAUGCAAGCAGCCGGCCUCUGGGAGGCAGCAACUACAUCAUCAGUGAGGAAGCCAGCAUGCCCCAAUCUGCUGGGGGCGCUUCGAGGGUGGGGCUGGAGGCGACAGAGCCCACAGCACUGCUUCCCGGGGUGGAGGCCCCACCAGAGGCCACAGAGCUCCGUCCACAAAAGCGGAAAAAGGGGCCAGCCCCCAAAAUGCUGGGGAACGAGCUGUGCAGUGUAUGUGGGGACAAGGCCUCUGGUUUCCAUUACAACGUGCUGAGCUGCGAGGGCUGCAAGGGAUUCUUCCGCCGCAGCGUCAUCAAAGGGGCACGCUACGUCUGCCACAGCGGGGGCCACUGCCCCAUGGACACCUAUAUGCGUCGAAAGUGCCAGGAGUGCCGCCUUCGCAAAUGCCGCCAGGCUGGCAUGCGGGAGGAGUGUGUCCUGUCAGAAGAACAGAUCCGCUUGAAGAAACUGAAGCGGCAAGAGGAGGAACAGGCUCAGGCCACAUCUGUGCCCCCAAGGGCUUCCUCACCUCCCCAAGUCCUGCCCCAGCUCAGCCCAGAGCAGCUGGGCAUGAUUGAGAAGCUGGUGGCUGCUCAGCAGCAGUGUAACAGACGCUCCUUUUCUGAUCAGCUUCGAGUCACGCCUUGGCCCAUGGCACCAGAUCCCCAGAGCCGGGAGGCCCGUCAGCAACGCUUUGCCCACUUCACUGAGCUGGCCAUCGUCUCUGUGCAAGAGAUCGUUGAUUUUGCCAAACAGCUGCCGGGCUUCCUGCAGCUCAGCCGGGAGGACCAGAUCGCCCUCCUGAAGACCUCUGCAAUUGAGGUUAUGCUUCUGGAGACAUCUCGGAGGUACAACCCUGGGAGUGAGAGUAUUACCUUCCUCAAGGAUUUCAGUUAUAACCGAGAAGACUUUGCCAAAGCAGGGCUGCAGGUGGAGUUCAUCAACCCCAUCUUUGAGUUCUCCAGAGCCAUGAAUGAGCUGCAGCUAAAUGAUGCUGAGUUUGCCUUGCUCAUUGCCAUCAGCAUCUUCUCUGCAGACCGGCCCAAUGUGCAGGACCAGCUCCAGGUAGAGAGGCUGCAACACACAUAUGUGGAGGCCCUGCAUGCCUACGUCUCCAUCCACCACCCCCAUGACCGACUGAUGUUCCCACGGAUGCUAAUGAAACUAGUGAGCCUCCGGACACUGAGCAGCGUCCACUCAGAGCAAGUGUUUGCACUGCGCCUGCAGGACAAAAAGCUUCCCCCACUCCUCUCUGAGAUCUGGGAUGUGCAUGAAUGACUGUUCUUCCCCUGUAUCUUCUGUUUUCUGGUCUGGAUGGCUGAGGACUAGUGGCUGCCUCCUAGAGGUGGAGCCGACUGAGAAGGGCAAACAUUCCUGAGGGCUGGGGAAAGGAGAUCCUCACGUGGCAUUAAAGGAGAGUCAAAGGGUUGGGAGUUUUGUGGCUGCUGGGUAGUGGAGACCCUGCUAAAACAAUGCUCCCUGUGAAGACUGUACUAACCCGGCCAAAUGGAUGAACCUGGGGGCCACUUUGCACAAGGUUCUCCAGGGCCCUGCCCAUCCUGCCUCUACCACUUCCUGUUUUCCCCACAGGGCCCCAAGAGAAAUUCUCCACUGUCACUCUGGGGCUUGGCCAAAAAUGCCUCAAGGCUGCCUCACUGAUAGGUCUGGCACUGUUUGUACAGGAAGACCAAAAUGAAUACAGAAUGAGAGAAACCAAUUUCUGGAAUGGGGGUGGGGGCCCGGGAAUAGAGGAGGGAAUCCUGUGUCUUUUAGGAUCUGCCUCCAGACUCAGAGGAGGGAGACAAGUCACAAGUGACAGCCUUGGCAGUGAGAGAGGGACCUCCUUUUACUAGCCCCAUUGCUCCAUAAGGAUCAAUGAAAUGCUGAGGCGAAGAUGACCCCUUCCAGUUCAAUGAUCCAGGUGCGAUCCUGUUGGAGGUGGGUGUUGGAUUUUCCGAACUAAUGCCACAGUCUCGCACCUGUGUUCGUGCCCGCGUAGUCUUGGUUUUUCCGUUGACAUCUGAA